CUGUCUCAUCUGCUCUUUGUGCCCAUCGUGUGGGGGAAUAAGAGGAACUUCAGCAAUAGCCUCUAGGUCCCUACUUUUUUUUUUGAGUAGGAGCUCUUCCAACUUUCUAAGACAACAUUUUUCAACCUCAACUCCAACAACAGCCCCUACUGUUGAUACGACAUAGGGCAGCGCUCGGGGCCGGCGACGGGCGAGGCUUGGGGCCUGGCAACUCUCGGAGACCGGCUGGCGCAUGACGCGUGGGGCCAAGCGCGUGAGCGGUGCAUGGGGUCAGGCGCACCGGGUGGAGCAACGAGAGGCGUGCAGUCAGGCGAGGAGCGGCGCACGGGGCAAGGUGAGCGAUGCGCGGGGCAUGGGUGCUCGAUUCCACGGACCCGAUGCUCGAUUCGACGGCGACCAGGCUCGAUUCGACGGCGGGCGACCUCGAUGUAUCCAGGCUUAAUUGUCGUGCUUUGAUCACUGAUGUGUCUUGUGUGUACAAGGCCCAACAGCGUAUUCCCCCAAUUCCCCAGUCCAUCUAAUCCGGUCCAAAAAGGUGAAAGAAAGAAGAAAACUGAAACCGGCGACCGCCGAUGGAUCUCAUCUCCGCCGCGUACGGCGCUACCUCCGACGACGACGACGGCGAACCGCCCUCCUCCCUGCCAGUCGCCACCGGGCCUGCCUCCUUCGCACCACCUCCCCUGAAGCGGCCGCGGUGGGAAUAUCAACCGUACCUCCCUCCACCUCAGUCCUCCCCUCAGCCGCCCCGGCCCGACGCAGCGCCGCCGCUGGCAUCUCCGGCCAGCGGCAGGUACGUCUCCAAGAGGGAGCGUGCCAUCCUAGCUGCAUCCCGAGCACCCGUGGACUCCGCAUCGCUCCUUCCUUCGCAGGCAACAGCAGCGGUUGAUUCCUCUGUUGGCUCCGUCAUUGAUUCAAAUCUACGAGGUGACAUUUUGCAUUCCUUGCAAUGCCAACCAAAGCCUGGAUCAAGCAAAACUUUGCCAUCAAAGCUCUCGGUUUCCCUAAAGGGUCACACUAAGGCAAUCAAUUGUGUAGAUUGGUCGCCAACUCAUGCACAUCUACUCACUUCUGCUGGAAUGGAUCAUAGAGUCCAUGUAUGGAACGUAUGGGACAAAGGGAAUACUACUGCUCGUGUUUUGAAACAUCACACUGCUGCUGUAAAGGAUGUGAGGUGGUCCCCUCGUGGGCUCUCUUUACUUUCUGGAGGGCUUGAUUGUUCCUUACAGCUAGUUGAUGUUGUGGAGGGAAAAGUAAUAAAAGUAUUCAAGGAGGAUCAAGCUGUGGAUGUUAUCAAGUUCAAUCCAAGUAACCCCAAUCUCUUCCUCUCUGGUGGGUCCAAGGGUUCUCUUAGGCUAUGGGAUAUUCGAAGUGGCGUGGUCACAAAAGUAUUUCAUAGAAGCCUUGGAACCAUCCUUGACAUUGAAUUCAGUGCUGAUGGGAGACAGUUUAUCUCUUCAACGGACACAACCAGAAGCAAUAUUAGUGAGAACACUAUAAUUGUCUGGGAUGUCCUGCGACAAGUUCCUUUAUCUAAUCAGGUUUAUACCGAAGCAUUCACGUGUCCAUGUGUAAGAUACCACCCGCACGAAGCUUCUUUUGUUGCACAAUCCAACGGGAACUACAUUGCGAUUUUUUCAGCAAGGCCACCCUUCAAGCUGAACAAGUAUCUGCGGUUCGAAGGACAUGGGGUGUGGGGUUUCCCGGUAAAGUGCAAUUUCUCUCCAAGCGGAAGAGAACUCGCAUCUGGUUCAUCCGAUGGUUCCAUUUACUUUUAUGAUUACAAAUCCGCGAGGCUUUUAAGGAAAAUAGAAGCCUUCAAAGAAGCAUGCACUGAUGUUGUGUACCACCCUGUAAUGCCGAAUGUGAUUGCUUCAUGCAGCUGGGGCGGUGAAAUAUCCGUUUUCGAAUGAUAUAUAAUACAAUGCCCAUUACCGAAGUAAUGUUGAGUGUUUUAUGCAAACAUUUUAUGCUCCUGUGAUA